CCAAUUUUAUAAUUGAAUUGAAGAAUCCGCAUCAAAAAAAGUUCAAUUCACUUCUUCUACACUACCUUUACCUUGUCGCUGCCUGAAUUCUCGAUUUCAAGGCAUCGCUGCCUUUUUUGCUACACAUAUAUCUUAUAAAGCAUAAUAAUUCAUCUUGAAUAACAUUAAUUUGUUAUUACAUACAUUCAUCACAAUGUCGGCAACUCAAAUUCAACAGAACGGCUGGACCUCCGUGCCAUUGGACCCAAGCAAGCUCUUCAACGGCGAGCCAUACAAGAACGUCCCAGGACCGCUUCUUGUCGCCGACAUCAAAUUCCCCAAUGAUGAUCCUAUCGUCGCUAAAGUCCAAAGCUAUGCCAAAGAAAAGCUACCUAUCGAGACUUUCAAUCACAGCAUGAGAGUAUUUUAUUUCGCCAGCGCCAUUGUUAAACAACAAUUUCCCGAGCAUGCCGACACAUUCUCUCCUUCAACUCUUGCUCUAGUUUCCCUCUUACAUGACAUUGGUACUGCUGAGGAAAACCUGGCUGCCACCAACAUGUCAUUUGAGUUUUAUGGAGGGUUCAAGGCCCUCAACCUCCUUUUGGAGCUUGGAGCCUCCAAAGACCAAGCCGAGGCUAUUGCUGAGACUAUUAUUCGUCACCAAGAUCUUGGCACAGUUGGCAACAUCACGUUUUUGGGUCAAGUUAUCCAGCUAGCCACUAUUUACGACAACGCUAGCAACCACCCAUAUGUCAAAAACAUUACGCACAUCAUUCACAACGACACUCUCAAGGAUGUCAUCAAGGCCUACCAUCGCACGGGGUGGCUUGGAUGCUUUGCGAAAACAAUUGAUCGAGAGGAGGAGCUCAAGCCGUGGUGCCAUAGCACUCACAUUCCUGACUUCUCCAAGGUGAUUCUCAACAACAGCUUUAUGCAACAAUAUGAGUAAGAGCCAGGUGUCUUUUUCUUUUACGGUGAUAUAGUCUUACACAAGCCAUGCGUCAUUGGAAUGCAAGAGAUGGAGAACCUACGUGUGAGAUGUCUUAAUUCUACACACUCCUUGUGAUAAAAAAUAAAUUCUUAACGUGUUUGGGGUAAAUGCCCUCUUUCACUCAGUCAGUAAUAGAUACUAAGAAUACAAAGAGCAUAUCAUGC